AUGUCGGAUCCAAAUUUCCCGCUUACAGGUCUACGCAUACAUCCCUCCGCUCCGGGACGGAGGUGGGGCAGGGCGUCUGCUGGUGCUCAGAAGCCUCUCCGUGCGGUCGCAGCGGCAGCGGGAGCGGGAUGUGACCUUGAGAGCAAGAGCGCAGCAAAGGCAGAAGAUGUGCACAACUCGGAAAAGCCUGGGCAGGAUUGGCAGAUGGACUCGGCGACAGACAUUCGAGAGUUUGGCAUCGCUGGACGAAUCUGGUGAGCGAGGCAGUGGCAGUCGCAGUCGCAGUCGCAGUCGCAGUCGCAGUCGCAGCGAUCACAUCGCACCUCCCUCGUCCAACUGACAAAUCUCCCAUCCUCGUCGCGUCCACGCGGCUGCUCAAGGGAAGCAGCGUACCUCAUGCAGCUCUAUCUGCGGCCCCAACAGCCCGAUCGCAUAGAGUUCGAUCCGCCAUGCCACCUCUUUGCCAAUGACGAUCCUCGUGAAGCUUUGCGAAACACUGCACGCAGCUCCAACAUUGUCGAGCUUGGCAGUGGCGCAGGAUACGUGGGACUGCACCUGGCCAUCCAGCUCGAGGGCCAUCACGCUGCCUCGAGGCAGCGACACAUCGCGUCAGAUGGUCACGCUUCCUCCUCAACUCUGCCGCAUUCACCUGCGCAAUUGUUUCUCACCGACUUGGACAAUGUCUGCCCGCUUUUGCGACGAAAUGCAGGUCUGGCUGGUUUCGGUUCAAGUUGGCAGCGCAAGGAGCACGAAACCGCUGCUGCUGUCGAUCUUGACCGCAAGAUCAGACGGUCGGUCGAGCUGCGUGUCAGGCCGCUUCCAUGGGGCUCCUCACCUGCUGUUCAGGCGCUCAAGGACGAGAUCAACGAUAUGCACGAUGAGGCCAAGCUCACCCACAUCGUCUGCUCAGACCUCGUCUACUUUCCCGAAUUGCUUCCCAGCCUGCUCAGGACGCUCGUCUGGCUCACUGACUUGGCGCCGCCGUCUGGCCUCGGUGACUCGGCAAAGUUGGACAGCGGCGGACAGGCCACAAGUCCGCUGGUGCUAAUUUCGUACAAAGUGCGGUCUCUGAUCAAAGAGCAGCCAUUCUGGACAGCGUUCGGAACUUGGUUCGAUUUUGAGCCAGUUCGCUUUCGCUUUCGGAAGCGCUCCAAUACAGGCUUGCACAACAAUGACGCCUCGCCGACGAAGGCGAUAGCUGAACACGGCACUCCAAGCUCAUCAGCAUCGCCAGACCCUUGGACCGAGUGGGAUCGUUUUGGUCGCAGGAGAUCCCACCUGGAACUCGAUGAGAGCAUCUCAGCUGCAGCAUGUCAUCUGCAUGAUACGCACAUCACCACAACACAGGGAUUAGCACCAGCCUUUGCGAUCAGCCAGUCUGACGGCAGCACGCAAGAAGCUCAAGACGAAGAAGAUUCGAUGUACAUAUUUGUCGCGCGUAGAAAGGUGACGACGCUUGGUUGCUUGCCGAUCGACGACGAUGCGAUGUUUAUGGACGGGUGGAGAGGGCAAAGAUCUGCGAGCUGCAGUGCCCAGGUUGUUGAGGAUUUGCCGAGAAUAUCACAGUUCACUGAGGGCGCUGACCAAUUCGAGUGGCUGCUCAUGUCCGAGGCUUCGUGCGAAUGA